AUGGAAGUUGUUAUUGAGAGUUCUGUUUGGGAACUGAAUAUAGAAAUAUUCCUCUUUCUCUCCGUCUGUUGCUGCUUCUCAAUUUUUCUUUAUCCUCAUCUCUCCAAUCUCAACAGAACUUCCACAAUCCUCGACCAUGGAAUUUCUUCAUCGUUUACAAGUUUUCAGUGGAACUUCCUCUUCAUUUACUCUCUCGCUUCAGUUGUGGAAAGUUUAUGGUUCGUGUUUGGAGAGUUCAACUUAGCUUCGUAUGGAAUUGGCAAGGAGGAGAUGAUUAUGUCUCUCUGCUACAGUUAUAUAACUUCUCUUUUUGCUGCUCCUUUCCUUGGUAUGCUCUCAGAUUUUAUAGGUCACAAGAAAGCUUGUUUGACAUAUUUGACAUAUUGUAUCCUACACUUCUUUGUCGGUGUAUGGAAGAAGAUUACACAACAACCAAGCAUUAUCAUGACUAGCGUUUGUCUCUCUAUGGCCAAUACAAUAUUCUCAUUCAGUUUCGAGACUUGGAUGGUCACUCAACAUGAAAAGCAGUGA